AUGGCUGCGCCAUAUAAUGUUCACGAUGAAAAGGAGACGGACGUGAACGUUUUGAAGGAACAGGCCGUCGUCGCCACCAAGACAGCUGUCGGUGAUGAAGCCUUCCAACAGGCCUUGUUGAAGGAGCCUCCCAGAUGGUUUGGCAGCCCUAUCAUCAUCCCCGCCAUUUUUGUCGCCUUUUGCUGCUCUACCACCAACGGAUACGAUGGAUCUCUUUUCGGAACACUGCUCUCUAGCAAACCGUUCAAAAAUUUCUUCGGAGUCGACAAUAAGGGUAUUGAGGCUGGUAUCGUUACCGCCAUGUACCAGAUCGGAAGUGUUGUUUCCAUUCCAUUCGUCGGACCUGCUAUUGAUACUUGGGGCCGCCGCAUGGGCAUGUUCAUUGGCUCAGGCAUCAUCUUAAUCGGCGUCAUUAUCCAGGUUACUUGCAUCGCUACCAGCAGCGUCAAUCACUUCAUGGCCGGACGUUUCUUCCUUGGCUUUGGCGUCCAAAUCGCGGCUGCCGCCGGUCCAAUCUACGUUGUAGAAGUUGCCCAUCCCGCUCACCGAGGUAUCUGCGGUGGUCUCUACAACGUCAUGUGGCCUGUUGGUGCCCUCGUUGCCAGCAGCGCUGUCCGCGGCAGCGACCAUUACCAAGGAAACGCAAGCUGGAUGAUUCCUGUUGCACUUCAGGCUAUGUUCCCCGGAAUCAUUUUUCUUGCAUGCCUGUUUCUUCCAGAGUCUCCACGAUGGCUGUACACCAACAACAAGCGUGAAGAAGCCAAAAGAGUACUUACUAAGCUUCAUGCCGCUGGAAAUUCCGAGAGUGAAUGGGUCAAGCUGCAGCUGAACGAAUAUGAGGAGUUCCUCGAGCUUGAGGCAUCCGACAAGAAGUGGUGGGACUACCGCGCCCUCUUCAAGGACCGGGCUUCUUUCUACCGUCUCGCCUGCAACUGCGUCGUCUCCUGCUUCGGCCAGUUGGCUGGAAACAGUAUUGUGUCUUACUACCUAAGCGCCUUCCUCGAAACCGCUGGCAUCACUGAGAGUGUCACACAAAUGAACGUGCAGAUGGGAAUGAACGCGAUCCAGAUUGUCUUUGCAGCCGCUGGUGCCUCGGUCACCGACUUGGUCGGUCGUCGCCCCAUGCUCAUUGUCGUUAACCUUGUUUGUGGAAUUUGCUGGAUUGGUGUUAUUGUUCCGGCUUCUAUUGCCAACAUUACCGACAAGGACGACAAGGCUCAAACCUCUGCCGUUGACCCGAAUGUUUCCCGAGCCAUCCUGGCUUUUGUUUACAUUUUCCAAAUCUGCUACUCGACCGGCUGGACCCCUAUGCAGGCUCUCUACCCUGUUGAGGUGCUUAACUAUGAGAUUCGUGCCAAGGGUAUGGCUUUCAGCGGUGCUUUCAUGAAUUUUGCCCUUCUCUCAACCCAGCUUGGUGUGCCUGUUGCACUAAAGAACAUUCAGUGGAGGACCUACAUCGUCUUCUGCGCGUGGUGCUUCGUUCAGGCUGUUGUCUUGUACUUCUUGGUACCCGAAACGAAGAACCGAACUCUCGAGGAACUCGAUCGCAUCUUUUCGGCUCGGAACCCUGUCAAAGCUUCCACGGAGAAGAAGCAAUACGAAGUAGACGCGAAUGCCAACAUUUUACAUGUUGAUGCCGUCAACGCGAACACCGCCAACGCUACUACGGCCUAG